AUGCGUUGGUUUGAUGGAAAUGCUGAAUUGGUCAAUGAAGAGAAGGAAGGUCCAGAGAAAAAGAGGAUGAAGAAGGAUGCUGGAAAUAAGAAAUCAACACCAGUUAGCAUUCUUUUUGGUUACCCUCUGUCGGAGCGCAAACAGAUGGCACUGCUCAUGCAGAUGACAGCAAGAGACAACAGUCCAGAUUCCUCCCUAAGUCAUCCCUUACAAACAACACCGACACAAAAGAAAACUCCAAGCUCUUCUUCAAGACAAAAAGACAAAGUUAACAAGAGAAAUGAACGAGGGGAAACUCCUCUACACAUGGCAGCAAUUCGAGGGGAUGUUAAACAGGUGAAGGAGCUAAUCAGUUUAGGUGCGAAUGUGAACGUAAAAGAUUUUGCAGGUUGGACACCACUGCAUGAAGCUUGUAACGUUGGUUACUACGAUGUUGCUAAAGUCCUGAUAGCAGCAGGAGCUGACGUGAACACGCAGGGCUUGGAUGAUGAUACACCACUUCACGAUUCUGCUAGCAGUGGGCAUAGGAACAUUGUGAAGCUGUUGCUUCGACACGGUGGAAAUCCAUUUCAAGCCAACAAGCACGGGGAGAGACCUGUCGAUGUUGCUGAAACUGAAGAGUUGGAAAUGCUGUUGAAAAGGGAGGUGCCCAUCUCUGAUGAUGAGGACAGCUGUUCAG